UGGUGGCGAACUUCUUCAUUAUAUGGGGACGUUGAGCAUAGAGAAUUUUUUGCCAAAUCUUAAGAAAUUAAGACUCAGGAAUACAAAAUUAAAUUGGAAGAAUAUGUAUGUUGUUGGGAUGUUGCCGAAGCUUGAGGUCCUUAUCUUGGAGGAUAAUUCUGGUGUUGGAAGAAAAUGGAAACCCAAAGAUGGAGGAUUUCAUGGAUUAAAGUUCUUAUGCAUACAUGAUUGUGAUCUACAAAUUUGGAAAGCCACGAAUGGCCAUUUUCCUGUCCUUGAAUGUCUAGUCCUCAUGAACAUGUAUCACUUUGAAAAGAUUCCUAGUGACUUUGCAGAUAUAGCUACUCUCAAAUCAAUCAAGUUAUAUAAAUGUUCAAACUCAACUAUAUCUUCUGCCAAGUGUAUUCAAGAAGAGCAACGGGAGUACGGAAACAACGCAUUUACUGUUGAUAUUUUACGAUGAUGGUGUUUUACUUUCCAGGGAUGAUGACUUAAAUGAUUCUAAUUGGUAUGAAUAAAGGCGUUGCACGUUCCAGUAAAGAUGAUUUUCCGUUGGUUGAGAACUAAGUUGGUGCAUAUAUGAUAUGAUGUUAGAAGAUCAGAGAUUCCUUAGCUUGCAUCUUCAUAAGCUCCAUGAAAAUGAGAUGAGAUAGAUGCAACCAACACAUGCACCUUACCACACUGUAAUCUGAAGACUUCAUAAGCUCAAUCGGCCACCCGGUACGUACAAUCUAGUAUCAACAUACAUCUUCUGAUCUGUGUCCACUUCAAUACAUAAUUAGUUUUCUGGCAAUUAAGACCAAAUUAAUUAAAUUAAACUCACAAAUCUUAAGAUCACAAUUUGAAUUGAGCAACUGUUUUUUUUAUUCUUUGCUUCUAGUCUCUAUGAAUAACAUGCAUUUGCCAAAUGCAUAUAUGUAUGAAUUUUAAACCAC